AGAGGAGCAGCUGAUUGAAAAAAAAAUCACUCACACUUUUCACUCCUCGGCCAGGAGAGAGUGAGAGCCACUGACUGCUACCUAAAACAAGACAAGUAUGUUCCAACAUCUGCUAAUUGGAGCUGUGGGAUCAAUAUUGGUGGCGAAUUCCUUGUGUGUCCAAGGUGUGAACUCAGAGUGCAGGCAUCAAGGAAUCUUUCAGGAGGAGUCCAGUUCAGGACGCUACCAACUGAACUUCCUAGCAGGAAUCAAUCUCUGCCAGAGCCUGGGGACCACCCUAGCAACAUUAGAACAAGUGAAGAGGGCACAGAGAGCUGGCUAUGAAACCUGCAGAUAUGGAUGGAUUCAGGGUGGUCUGAUUGCUAUCCCUCGAGUAGUCGGCCUCCCCCAUUGUGCGAAUAACUUUAGAGGGGUCUACACCAUUCAAAAACCAUCCAAUGAUACUUUUGAUGUGUUCUGCUUCAAUGCAACAGAAUAUGAAAGUUGUAGCCCUGAGAUUUCAUCACCAACACAGUCUCCUGCUGACCCCAAGGUGAUCAGAGUCAGCCAUGAUCUCACCAUCCAUGGGAAACACACUCCCAGCAGCUUACAGACUAGCAGAGUUAUCGAACACCCAGCAACCCAGGCGGUAAAAAGUCGCGAUGUUGUUACUACAGCAACCGUGGCAGUGGAGAGUGAAUCACCUACCCUCAGGCCAGGACCUGACGAGUCUUCACCCCAGGGUUCAUCACGAUUACACAUCCGGUCAACGGUGUCACCUUCAGGGAAAUCAGGAGCUACAGAAAAGCAGCAAACGCGAGCUGUAUUCAAUGUGACUGCAGGCUACACAGCAGAGCUGGGCAUGGCUUACACCGUGCUAGGAUUUGUAGCAAGUAACCUCCCUGAAACCACGUUGCCAAGUUUGCAAAAGAAUACCAGCGUGGCGACGAAUGGCUCUGGGUACACUGGCGAUAUGAAACUGCACAAUGAGUCAAACAAGGAAACAGCAUUAAAAAUAAAGAAUCAAGUUACAGAAACCAAAUUGGAACGUCGUUCAGAGACAGAUUUGACCACAGUAGACAGCAUCGCUCAUUCUUCCCCCUCUGCACUGAUUUCAGACAACCCCCUUGAAGUGAAUGCAAUGAUGCUCCACACCAAGGUCCACAAAGAUGCAUCAGAUUUCCGCCUCACUUCGGAAGAUUCAUUAAUGUUGCAAACAAACACAGAAAGCGGACGCAAGGAAGUGGUCGGUGUAACCACCACCCGGUCUUCUGAAACCACACAAAAGCCCCCAGUGGUUGGAAUACACAGGGUUGGGACAGCGUCCAUGCCAGUGUCUCCAAAUUCCACUGAGCAACCUCAGGAAACCGUUGCUGGCACCAGAUUGGCUCAUUCUGAACCCGUGGUGAAUGACAGAGUGAACGGAGAGGUGCCAAUCCCCGUCUCCCUGUUUCCAACGUACCUAUCUACAGAAACUGGGAGUAUUUCUGAAAUGGUGAGCUCCGAAUCUGCCCAGGUGCACUUGGAUCAGGUGACGGUCACUGCACUUGAUGCCAGAUUGACACCUUCAGUUGUAGCGCCUUCUGAUUCACCGGAGAAUGGAAGUACUUUGGAAGUGCUGACGACAGAAGUGCUCAGAGAACACAGUACAGACUUGAGUGGUCAUCAAAGGUUCUCUCUCACAGCAUCUCCAGCCCCAGCUGACCUAUUUACAGAAAGUGGGGAUGGUCCCACAGCGAUGCUGAGGUCAGAGACACCACGUCCCACUCUCAGGCUUUCUCCCAACCUUACAGCGACAACUGGCAUUGCAAGAAUAUCUACCAUCCAACCGGCUAACCCAGGUUCCAAAUGGGAGAGCCAUUCCGCAGCCACGGGGACUGUUUCUCAGGAUGUUCGGGUCAAACCGGCUCCAUCUGUACGGCCCUCUGGCUAUUUGUCUAAAGCAACCACAUCCUCUUCCACCAGUGUGGACCACCCGACCUCCCAGUUAUCGGAAAUGACCUUGAAUGACAUCCCAAGCAAUAGUAAAGAGAAGCACAAUGUUAAACUAAUGGGUCCUUCCUCCAGAAGGACCACGUUUCUGUUAAGGUUAAUGACUACGGGGCUACCACACACCAUCAGGACCCAUGAGUUUGGACAAUCUGCCACCUCUCAGACGAUGAUCAAUCCAAUCACAGCAGGUACAGUACGAGAUGCUAAGCCAAACAGCACAGAUCAGAUUACUCUGGAUGAUCGCUUUGGUUUAAAGUUACAAACACCACCAACUGUUGGAGAGAAACCUCCUGAAGCCAGUUUUGACUGGCUGAUCGUGGUGGGGAUUAUCGGGUCUCUUCUCAUCAUUAUAUUUGGUGGACUGCUGACUGCAUACAGUAAAAGGUUGUGUGGACGGAAGAAAAGUUUAGCUAUCACAAGGCCCCAGGACGAUAAUGCAGCCAUCAUGGACAAUGGGAAUGGGAGAGACCUGGUGGAUGAAUCUGGAGUGAAAGCCGAUAUAAAGAGGUCAGACGAGUGGAUCCAGCUGAUGAGUAAAGAUAAUGUGGAGGUUGUAUCGGAAUCAGCCGAAGCUUCCCGGUUAAUGAGUGGUGAAGAAUCAGGAGAACCAUCCGAGAGGGAAAUGUUGACAGCCACAGCUGCUGAAGAGGACAGGAGCUAGCGUGGGAAUCGUGGUGGCGACCCAGUUCUGCUCCUGCCAGCACUCUCCAUUUGUCACUGGCUCAAUGCAAAUCUACUAAAUGUGUCUGUCAGCACUUUGAUAAGCUGUGUGUAAAAUCCCGCAAAGUUCUGUAAACACCAGUGGCUAUGAUGCCUGCUCGAAAGCACCAGUAUAUCUGCAUAAGCACAGAGUGUUCCACCUUCCCUUCCCGUGUUGAACUGCAUUUCACUCCUUGGGUCCAUCUAUAUGUUGAACAUAUCCAACUGGUUUGCUCCCAUAUCAGCCAGUGUCAACAACAUGCCAUCCUCACAUGUCGUCUCUGUCAUUGUUGGUCCCUUUUUCACUUCAGGUUGCCCUCAUUCUCUUCCCGUGUUGGAAUGUGUAGUUGCAAUGUUGUGGCUUGAUGCUUUCAUGUCAGAUCCUAUCAGUUGCGUGUUGUAUCAACUCACUUGUGUGUCACUGUCAUGUCGAGCUGUUCCACUCUGGUGUCAGACUCUGCCAGUGCCCUGUGCUGUUUUCAAAUGAAAUGCUUCUCCUUUUCCAUCAGCUAUCACUCCCCUCCCUGGAUUCAUCCCUAUUAUUCUACACCCUGGGACUGAGGGGCCAAAUGGUUAACAGCCUGUUAAAUAAACUGUAGGGAAAGGGAUGUAGGACAAUGGCCCCAUUUGGAACAAAGUGAGAGACUGCUUUAAUAGAGCUCGGAUAAUAUUGAGAGUGACAAAUUCCCUUGAAUCAGGAUUGAUAUUCUUAGCAAAGCCACAGUGAAGUUAGUCCGCUAAACUUUAGUCCUGUUUAAAUUCAGCACCCUCUGAUUUCGUAUUUUUGAAUAAACUGCCAAUCUCCUCUCAAAGAUUGCGAGGAAUCAGGAGUAUGGAAUCGAAUGUAGCAGGGAGCUUUAUCCCAUAGGGGGAGUCAGACAGCAAUGUCAGAACGGCAGCGAUAUAUUUUAUUCACAACCACCUGUACUGAGAGUGUUUGAUUCCAGUUCAGAGGGAACUUAACCCGGAUUUAAAAUUCACUUCACUUCUCAUUCAGUGGCUAAAUCUGAAGAGUGACUAAUUCCCAGAACCAAUAAAUCCCCAUGGCCUUUUGGAGAUGGGCUUCAUCAUAUUGAGGAACGGAAAAUCACUGUAAAUAUAAUAAAAUAGUCAACAGUCCAGUGUGUGAAGGAAUGAUGUGUUAAUAGUUUGUUUAAACUAUACUUCUAUUUUUAAUAACUGCUUGUAAUAUUGUGCAAUGCCAGUCUAGAUAGCAAUGUACUGGAGCCUCCUGGGCUACCCCCUCAGAGUAAGGGGAUGCUGUUUCAGCAGCUCAGUGUUGCAGACUGCAGCUCACUGUCUUUGCCAUGUCUGUGAGCUGUAGGAGUUGUAUAUCCAAUCCAUAGUCUGUCUUAACCUGCUCCCUGUGCAAGUGAGAGGCACCAUUCACACAGACCGGUGUCCUGGCAAUGUCAACACUCCCGACAUUUUAGACUUCCAACCGACCACUUCCAGCCUUCUCACCCGUCCACCUCCCUGGCUUUCUAUUGAUUUGCAUUUGAAGAGGCAGAUUGAUGUUUUGGAGCAGAAGAGAAAAGUCUGGAUGUUUUCAGGAGGUCAGGCAGCAUCUGAGGAGAGGAACAGUGAAUUUUUCAGUCACAGGCCUGAAACAGUGUUACUGUCUCUCCUUUCACAGAUGACUUUAUCGAACUGGUGAAUCACAAGUCAGCAGAUUUGCUUACAGCGUGAAUUACUAGCACAAGGCUGAUAUGGCUUGUGGAUUAAUGCUGUCAAACAUUACUUAGGAAGAUGUUUAUUUGUAUAUAUCAUCAUCCCAGUCACAGGGGAUCACUAUUUUAAUUGCACAUUUACUCAGGACCCUGUACAGCGUUUGAUACGUUGAGAUAGUUCACUAACAGAGAUCAGUUAAUCUCUAACUCACCUUGCACUUUGCUCACUGCUUCCCACCAGUGAUCCAAUCACAAGACUGUGAUGGAUGAGCAGAUCCUUAACGUCAGUACUGGUCUUGAAGAAUAGUUGGACACAAGGAAGGGGAUGUUGGGUACCAGACCCCUGUUAGUUACUGAGCAGCUGUUUGAUGGCUCUAUGUAUCUUUGUGUAAGAAACCAAGUGAUUGCUUGUAUCUGUCAGUCACAUAACUACUCAGCCUAUACAAAAUGAAGCACAUAGAGUAUGAAUUCAGUUUCCUGAGCCUCAUCCCCUUUUAAAGUCCUGAAUGAGACUCAUGAGCAUCCUAUUUACACUGCACGUGAAGGCAGAAUGUUAGCUCUUGUUUCCUGUGAAUUAGCAAGGAGUAACUAACUCACUGGUACUGCCAGUCUCGACAUAAACUCUUAGUCUCAACCAAGGUAGAAAAAUCCAUUGAGCUAUGAAAUCGGUUCAGUGCACAGGUGGACACUGUGGACAUUGGAAGGAUGCAACAAGCACAGCAUUUGGGCUUGGUCAAUAUUUCAAAGUUUGGAAAGGCAGAGUAUUGAAGACUGUCAGUGGUCUUAGGGGUACUCAGCCGUGUAGACAGGAUCCUUGAUGCAGUGUUGAUCCUGCACAGUACAUGCACCAAAGGCUGAUCACAUCACAUUUACACAGUGUGUUCCCAUGCAACAUUGAGAUCUUUGUUCCCCUGUUGGCUCCUUGAUAUCCAAAAGCAGUCUCGCAGAAAUUUCAAACUGAUUCCUGAAGUCUUGGGGGAAGAUUUGACCUUUUUUUUCUAUAAUGCAAUUUAGCACACGUCUUGUUUUAAUGUAUUGAGAAGUUGGGGCGGUGGUAGGAAGGGUAGGGAUCCAGAUCGCUCUUUAUGCCCAAGGUCUGAGGGAUCCGGAGUCCAUUUCCAUUCCUGAAAUCCUGGAUACAGGACAGAUGUCUUCUUGUCAGUUUCUUGUCUGGUAAGAAACUGACCUAAUGCAGUGAGUUACCAACCUUUGCGUUCACAGACACCAGAGACUGUCAAUUUCCAGCCCAGCUUUGUAAAUUGGAUAGAUAUAUUUGAAACAAUUUCAGACAGGACAGGGCCUGUUUGUUUGUGUUAUUGGGUUGACCCUUUGAGCUUGUACUGAAUUCCUCUCACAGAUUAACAGAGGCAGUCAAGAGGGCCGUGAUUGUGUUAGUACUGUUUUGAAAUACUGGAUAGAGGGGUCUGACAGUUACAUUUAGUGUUCGUAUGAUCAUUGGCAACAAGCAUUGCCAAGCAUUAAAUCUACUCCUUUUAUUUUGUAAUGGGUAAGUUGUGAGUUAACAUUUGUGGUCGUGAGAAUACAGAGUUAUUUAUUUUGGGUUGAUGAUAUUAUAAUUGGAUGCUGUAAAGCACAUUGACAAACGUCUGCAUCAUGUGGCUAUUAACAUGUAUUUCAAACUCCAAUGGAGUCAAUAGUCUUCUGUAUUUAUAUUAAAAAAAACUCUAAAAACAUACUGCUUUCAUUUAUUUUCUCUU